CAAAGACAGGAACUCUGCUCCAAUGACUCUAAAUGUGGACUCUACUCUGUUCUACUUGCCUAGGUCAGCCAGAUGAACACACACAAACCAGCCCACAAAGCCAAGGUAUGUCCCCUACUCUGGAACCUGGGCAUUUUGGGGUACUGGUAUCAUUCCAAGAUUUUUUGUUAACGGUAAUAACUGAUGGGCUGCUAAUAGCUAGGCAUCUGUGCUUCCUCCUCCUCAUGUGCUUCCCUUUGGCGUGGGGUGGCGUCCCUGGUCCAUGUCAGCACUCUGUGACAAAGGGUCACCUCCUCAACCUCAAUUGCCUGAUUGAUAAUCAGUUGGAGAAUGGCUGGUCAAUAACCUACGUAUUCACUGAGCGCCAGAGUUUGAGUGAAGUCUGUUACAUCAAAGCAGCAUUUCCACAAAUCCUGGAGCUUCUGAACACACACUUCAAGUAUGUCAGGAAAUCGGACAACGGGCGCUAUGUCAAACUCCUGAAAAAGGUCAUAUAUGACCUCUACUCUCAAAACUGCAUACCUGAAAUUAACGAGGAGAUUGAGAACACCCCAUUGAAGUUUGUCAGAAUGCACAGCACCUCGCCCAGAGAAGCUCUGACGAAAGCCCGGGGGGUCAUUGAGAUGUACAUGACCCUGAUGACCAAGAGCAACGGGCCCGUCGACUGGAACUGCGAAGAAGAGUACGCAGAGGAUUACCUAGAAUCCACCACUGCCCUCCACACCCCCACCGCAGCUGAAUCUGAACCUGAACGCCAGUGUGCAUGUCCAACAGUGGGUCCGGUGACCCCUGAUGUCUCCCCGGUGUCCCACAGCGUAUGGAGCAGUCCCCCACAGCCCACCCUCUCCCAAUUCACCUCGAUUGUGCCUCCCAGGCCGACUCAUCCAUCCCUGGGUACCAAGGGCGCUGAGCCCCGGGUGUUCCUGGUGAGUUCUGGUACCGUAAGACCCCCCUUCCCCAGGGAGCUGCAGCAGACUGUCCCCGAUGGACGUUCACUUGGAGGGGGCAGAGAGGGGGAUAUACACUGGGACUUUCGACCACCUUCACCCAAUGGAACUGAGUCAGAUUCUGCACUCUACAACGUAGUUGCUGACACCCCAUCUGCCACGAACGACCCUUCCCCGUCUUCCCCUCCCAGUCUGGUUCUCCGGGGGACCGUUGGCUCCCAUGACGAGACAUUUUACUACCCCGAGACUGAGAGGAUAAGGGAGACUUCCACAGACCGACCAGCAGGGAGAGGAGCAGCAGGCUCACCCCACAGUCCCUUCGCUGUUGCUGGGGCCAAGCUGGUCACACCAGUCCCUUUCCUGUACAAGUUGAUUGGCAUCACCCCCAGUAGUGAUGAGAGCACUGCCUAUGUGUUGGCCAAGAGGUCGCUGGACGCCAGGAACUAUGGAAUACUUCAGGAUGGGGUUUCAACAGAGACCCCUCAACUAGAGGACACUAGAGAAAAAUACCCAGGCACAGAGAGAUAUUUACAUGACUCGAACCCUCCGAUUGAAAGCACUACAACCGAAGCAUCUCCACGUUUGAAGAUGACAGUGGAGGAGCCAGACAAACUACACACCACUACAGAGGCACCCGACCAAGUCACGAAGACUGAGCCAAACCAUCCUAGGACAUCCUAUAAGGAAGGUUUCAGCACAGAUAUCGUGUCAGAGAGGACAGAUGUGGACGAUGCUCCUAUUUCAGAAAGGUCCAGUGAAGGCUCAGUGAAGGAAUUCCGGCAUGGGAAAACUGGUCAUUCCGAUUCAAGCAUCUCCUACCAGACAGCCUUUAUCAUUGCAGCAGUGUGUGGCGGACCAAUCCUGAUCAUAACCCUAUUCUGUCUCAGUGAGAAGAAGAGACUCCAAGCCCUUCUCCACAGUACCAGCAUAAUUGAAAACCAGAGAGCAUGCAGCAGCAUCGAGGACGUUGAGCUACAAUAUUGUAAAGCCAAGGAGUGAGAGAGCUGGAUUGGUUUUACCUUCCGGUAAGAGAUCAACAACCACGCAAUUCAUCAAACAAGAGAAGACAUGGAAAUUUGGCAACUAUUUCCCUCUUGUGAAAGUUUUCCAUUAAUGUAUAUAAAUAUAAAAAAAUGUCUAAAGGCACCUAUUUUUAUACAAAUUAAGUUUAUAUUGCUUGAAAUAUUUAACAGAGAAUCUUAUGCUCUCCAAUAUCUGCAUGCUUCCCUUUUUUCUGUCAAAAAGGUUUGAGUGAAUAUAUCUGUUACACACAACGUUAACUUGCCUCUCAAAGACUGUUUGGACAGUUUCAUGCACACCACACACACAGCUUUGAUCUUCCAUGAAAUAGAAUGGACCAAACAUUCCUCCAAGUUUUGACCUAGUAGCCAUCAGCGCAACAGUGCAAGUCAAUAUUAAACUAAAGGAAGUCUUUCCAUGUGACUGAAAGAGUCUCAUGACAUUGUUCAAUGGAGUUGGGCCCAUGAGCCAAAGCAAUACAAGGUGUCAUCACCUCAAGUGGACAGAGGAUGUAUUUUUGGGGAUCAAUAGAUUAAAUACAAACAGAUUAAAUACAAACAGAACACCCAUAGUUAUUUGUUUUGAGUGUACUCCCUACAUGCCAUGCAGCAUACUAGAUUCAUUUGACUUCUGAUAUUCUCUUGUUUUAUCCCUACCAAAUGAAGAUAAGGAUUUCAACCUGUCUCUCAUGCCAUGAUGCCAAUGAAAUUGUGUUAUAAAACGGGUAAUUUGGAUACUGGAUGCUGAUUGGUUGAUAAGAGUUAGUUAUUCACAAUAAUACACAACAAAUGCCAAUUCCAUUUUAAUUAUCAUUGUGCAUCCGCUGUCCCACAGCUUAGCCAGGCAAUUCAUAAACUUUAUAUCACAGUAAAAAAAAGCAUCUACACAUUAUUUCCCUUUACUUCUAGCCUAUCAUUUGAUUUUCAACAGCGGAGGUUUAAACAUCCUUGUUUAUUAUUGCUUGAAAUGUUUUAGACUAUAGGAUACCUAAUCUUACGCUAUCAAAGUUAGACAAUAUCGGCCUACUUCCCCUUUAAUUGUGAAAAAGGUUUGAGGGAAUUUGUCAGUAAUUAUUGUACACCAGUGGUCACCAACCUUUUGAGUCAAGAUCACUUUGUCAAAAUGCAAGCAGAGAUCUACUGCUUGGAUUAUUUUCAACAUAACUUAAAAAAUGUAAGCCUAUGCAACAUCAACCUAUUAAAAACAGUACUGUCGCAGUAAGGUUUGUGUAGUAGGCUAUAGGGCCAAUACAUUAUCACUGCAUAUUGUCUUUGCUUGAAUUGCCUUGCCAAUUAAUUGUUGUUCAGACCAUUUAAAAAAAUGAUAUUUCAAUAUUUGAGGUAGGCAACAUGAUCACACCAGGUAAUACAUCUUUUUAUUUUACUGGGCUGAUGGUGCCUGCAUCUGAUGGUCAGUCUCAGUGGAGGGAGAGCUGCAGACUGAGGGUCCGCCUCUCAACGUCCCUCCGCUCUCCCUUUUCUAUGAACAGAGAAAGUGAAAUAUUCCUUGAUAUUAAAAAGAGACCAAAGCCGCUAAUAAUAACAAAACAAGCUUAUCGAUACACUUCCCUACUCAUUCAUUAGAGCUCCAGUAUUGGUUGUAGUGCAAGUGUUAAAUUCCCCAGCAAGAAAAUAAAAAAUGGUCGCUGAAACAGAAAGGGGAAGUUACAGUCACUGACAACAACCAAACAAAACAAGUGAGGUUUUUGGAGGGGUUUGGAAAGACACUGUGGACAUGAGGGUGUCCACAGAAAGUUGACUACUGUGACCUAAAAUACACCCACAAUGAGCGCCCACUAAAUUAGCCCAAGAAGAAGCAAAAACCAAAGAAAAUACACAGCAAACGUAAAGAGGAACCAACCCAAAAAGCGGAGCAAAAUGAAAACAGGGACGAUCAGAUAAAGGCUUGUUUGUCUAGAAAUCAAAAUAGGGAGCGCCAAAGAAAGGUGUUGAGCCUCCGCCUCCGUAACAUGAACUGGCUCAUAAAAACAGCAGCUCCUUACAGUAUUCAUUGACAGUCUCUCUCUAGUCAUGGUUUUAAAAGUUUGGAAAUCUCACAGUAUCAACUUUGCUGUAGCUUUUUUUUAAUGCCUGCUACAUUACUGCAGAGAAAUCGGAGCAAUCCGAUUGGCCAGCGGUAGGCCUAUAGUGCACUUGAUUUGCUCUCCGGCCCGCCAGGAAGGCGGAUUUGUACCUUCAGACACAUGAAAUGGUUCCACAGAGUUCUAGAGGGGAAGCACCCCCUUCUUUAUUACAAUGACAUCUGUGUUUUGACCUGCACAUGUCUCCCAGUGAGGAUAGUAGUCAUUUGCACAACAGUGCAAGUCAACAUUAAACUCAAUGAAGUGUUCCCAUGUGACUGAACGAGUCUCAUGACAUUGUUGAAAGGAGUUGGGCUCUUGAGCCAAAGUGAUACCAGGGCUGCGGUCCAAAUAUGUUAAUUUUACCCGGUCAUCCCUCGCGCUAGCCUCUUUCCCUCAGGGGAAUCCCCGUCAAAACCGGAUCCAGUUUGAUUGCCAUCUUAAGUGGAGGUCCAGUUCACAAACGUUGAAGAUAAGGUUUCAACCCGUCUCUCAUGCCAUGAUGCUCUGAUUAGGGUUGAAUGGCGGGAGCCCAGUUACCGAGAUUUACAUCCCAAAACCACUCCCUUUUCCCAGGAUGAAUAACUGUGAGAAACCGGUAAAUUAUAAUAAAUUAUUCAUAUGAACAGCGUGGUGUGAAAUGGAACUGUUAAAUUCAGUGUCGCAACUUUGGUUUUAGAAAUUCUUUUUUUUUUAAUCCAGUCUGAUAAACACUCCAAACAGCCUACCCGACCGCUCGGGGACAUCCACAUGGUCCUAAAGCACACCGUUGUCUCGUUUUGUAUCACAUUCCAAUGAUAAAACUGGGGAGGACAAUAAUGCCAUUUCAGAAUGUGGGGGAUGACAUGUCCCCCCGUCCACAGUGAAAGUUACGCCCCUUGUUAAAUGAUAUGUGAUGUCUAAAUCUGGCUUCUCUACGGCCUCAGCAUGAUGAAUUAUCAACACUCAGGGUGAGAACAGACAACCCAUCUUAGUAUGGAGUGCAGUUCCCAAUGCAUGUAGACCUAUCAUCUCCUCAUGGUAACUUUUUGUCUUGUGACAGGUAGGCCUACAUUUGCUGCAGCAUAGUCUAUGCUAGAGUAAUAUAUAAGACCGAUUCCGCAUCUAAUUUACCCAUCUCCAUCUGGCUUUAGGGGACACCUUAUUUUUUAAUUGUAAAGAUUAUAUAUUUUUUGAAUUGCACCUGCAGAGUUUUAAAACAACCUGUCACUCUAUCAUUGCUUUAAAUCAGUACACACGCAAGCGCUCUCUCACAGUCUUACUCUAACAAUUCCAUUCAAAUUGCAUCCAAAAUAGAUAAUCCUGUUCUACAUUGAUAUAUACCCCUUUAAAUAGAUUUCCUAGCCUACCUCUGACAGGUAAUAAAUUCAAUGCAGUAUUAGCCUUAUAUUUAGCUAAUUAAUUAUGGGUUAUGCAUAAUAAACGUAUAGCCUCUGUCUCUUCCGCAAUACCCACACACCUGUGCUCCGCUGGCCUCUAUCCUUAAAACCACUCUUUAGCUCUUGAAGUCAAAUGCAGGAAAAGCUAGACUAGAAUAGCUUGCUGCACAUAUUUUUUUCUUCAUUUCUUAUACCAAUAGACUAUUCGAAGAGGGACGCAAGCUCUUGUUUGCUGAAUGUUAAAAACAGCAGCCAAUAUAACUCAUGGGUAGUUUGAAAAAAGGGCGAACAUGCGAUGGCGGUAGGCUAUAGCAGUUACUUAUUUAGAUCCAUAACCAUUCAAUCGUCAUGAAGAGAAGUGAAAUCCUUCUGCAUCUAAUUCUAGUCCUAUAUUUCAAAAUUAAAAUCAGAUCCACUAGCCUAUACUUGUAACUUUGUAGGCUGCAUGUGCAGCACCAGAAUCAAAUGUUCUCUCCCUGCUUUAUCGGGUGCUGACGUGUUGCACCCUCGACAACUGUGAUUAUUAUUAUUUGACCAUGCUGGUCAUUUAUGAACUUUUGAAAAUCUUGGCCAUGUUCUGUUAUAAUCUCCACCUGGCACAGCCAGAAGAGGACUGGCCACCCCUCAUAGCCUGGUUCCUCUCUAGGUUUCUUCCUAGGUUUUGGCCUUUCUAGGGAGUUUUUCCUAGCCACCGUGCAUCUACACCUGCAUUGCUUGCUGUUUGGGGUUUUAGGCUGGGUUUCUGUACAGCACUUUGAGAUAUCAGCUGAUGUAAGAAGGGCUAUAUAAAUACAUUUGAUUUGAUUUGAUAUCAUGGUUUGAACAAUGUGCGUAAUUCCAGUCUAUUUAACACAGUAUAAUACAAUGCAGUACAGCAGUGGUGUAAAGUACUUAAGUUAGUUCUUAAGUCGUUUUUUGGAGUAUCUGUACUUUACUUUACUAUUUAUAUUUUUGACAAAUGUUACUUUUACUUCACUACAUACAAUUUCCCUGACACCCAAAAGUACUCAUUUAUAUUUUUUAUGCUUAACAGGACAGAAAAUGACCCAAUUCAUACACUUAUCAAGAGAACAUCCCUGGUCAUCCCUACUGCUUCUAAUCUGGCGGACUCAGUGUUGGAGUGUGCCCCUGGCUAUCCCCCCCCCCCCAAAUAAAACAAGACAUUCAGUGCAAUCUGGUUUGCUUAAUAUUAGGAAUUUGAAAUGAUUCAUCCUUUUACUUUUAUUUUGACACUUUUUAUUUUAAUUUUAUAUUAUUUAACUAGGCAAGUCAGUUAAGAACAAAGUCUUAUUUACAAUGAUGGCCGACCAAAAGGCAAAAGGCCUCCUGCGGGGACGGGUGCUGGGAUUAAAAAUAAAAAAUAAAAUAAAAAUAUAGGACAAAACACACAUUACGAGAAGAGAGACACCACAACACUACAUAAAGAGAGACCUAAGACAACAACAUAGAAUGGCAGCAACACAUGACAACACAGCAUAGUAGUAACACAACCUGACAACAACAUGUCAUGGCAGCAGCACAAAACAUGGUACAAACAUUAUUGGGCAAAGACAACAGCAGAAAUGGCAAGAAGGUAGAGAUAACAAUACAUCAGGUGAAGCAGCCACAACUGUCAGUAAGAGUGUCCAUCAUUGAGUCUUUGAAUGAAGAGAUGUUGAUAAAACUGUCCAGUUUGAGUGUUUUAUGCAGCUCGUUCCAGUCGCUAGUUGCAGCGAAUUGAAAAGAGGAGCGAUGCAGGGAUAUGUGUGCUUGAGGGACCUUUAACAGAAUGUGACUGGGAGAACGGGUGUUGUAUGUGGAGGAUGAGGGCUGCAGUAGGUAUCUCAGAUAGGGCGGAGUGAGGCCUAAGAGGGUUUCAUAAAUAAGCACCCACCUGGAAGAAUCUUUUUUCGGGAGGCAGAUUCCUUGUAGAAAAUCCAAGCUAGCUAGCUGACGUAGCAGAUCUCGGUCCACCUUUUUUUUCCACGUGGAAAAGGAAGUCAUUACCUAGCUAUAGCUCUUCAGUUUCAGUAUAUCUCUUCACUUUACCCUUGUGUGGAGUUUAUGUUUUUGUUAUUCACCCAAUGUUCGCAGGUCUGAUGAACCCACAACAUUAUUGGGUUUUUAAAACAAUACAGCCAUAACAAUUUACGUAAAAAUACCUAAUACUUUGAUGUUGACUCAUAUCAAUUACAAGCAAUAUAGAUAUUAUACGUGGUUAAUUUUUUUUACCAUUUACAUCUGAUAUUUUUGAAUUUUUUUAUAAAAUGUGAUUUUUGUAAACAACAAUCAAUUAUAAUCAAGAUAUUGGUGGAAUAAAUCAUGUUUAUCUUGAACAAAUAUAAAUGAAACAAGGUUUUCAUCACUAUUGAUGUUUAUUGCUUUGAACUGAACAAAUUGAAAGGACAAAUUUUACAAUCAGUAUUUUAUGGAAAUUAUAAAUGAGCCCCAUUGAACACAAAUUAUGGACGGUCUACACAUCACAUGAGAGACAGAGUUUUACUGUGUGUGUUGAAAAUGUAUUUCUUACACAUGAUGCAUGUGUACUGUGUCUUCCUGUCCUUCUUGGGUCCACACACAUCGCAACGCUUCUUCUUGUUGCUACAGGCUGCAAUCUAGAGUGAUGAAAACACUUAGUUCAGGAAUAUUACUAACAUCUUACUCACUCACUCACUCACUCACUCACUCACUCACUCACUCACUCACUCACUCACUCACUCACUCACUCACUCACUCACUCACUCACUCACUCACUCACUCACUCACUCACUCACAUAUAUAUAGUUACAGCAGGCCAAGGUAGGAGAGUCAGACACACACAAAUGCAACAUCACUCACACUUACUUCCGGUAUUGGAGUUGUUGGUUCUGUGGAUUGGGCGGAUUGGGCACCAGCAUCCUCCUCCUGAAUCCUCCUCACGAUGGCUGCAGAAGCUGGGGUCCUUGGGAUAUGUUGCCUCCUCUGGAUUUGUGGUCUUACCAAUGCCUUGACCAGCUUCUCGAGAAAGAGCCGUCUCCACCGGAGCUUCCCUCUGUUAAAAUCUGGGUUCAACGCCAUCCAGAUGACAAACGCGUUGUAGGGCGAGAUGUCCAAGAUGUUGAAGAAUAUGACAAGUGGCCAGCGUAGGGUUCUUCUUUUGCAGCUGUAGCCAGUCACCAGCUUGUAUAAGUUGUCCUCCCCUCCUUUUGUAGCAUUGAAAUCCCUUAUGAUUUCUGUUAAUGUUCCUGGCCAGAGAUUCUCCCAUCCUUACGCAGCGUACUCAUGAGGACCACAUUUUUUGCCUUUCUUUGGCACGUGGGACACUAAGGACGUGCUGGUCGUGAACACAAACUUAGAGGAAUUGAUAGGCCUGUUCCGUGUAUUCAACAGCUGAAGUGGGAACUUUGACUUGUUUUUUUUAUACUGUUCCUACCAUCAUCAGCUUCCUCUUGAGGAGGUCCUGCCCCGGGUUGUGUGAAGUAAAAGUUAUUUCAUGUGAUGUUGUGGCCAUCGAGUCCCUGUGUCUUGUCGAGGACAACCCGCAUCCCUUGGUUUUUCUCAGGGGCUCCUUCAUCUGGCUUCCCCGUAUACACUUGCAAGUUCCGAGCCCAGGGUUGUAAAACAGGGGAGGCUGUUCCACCGACUUGUCCCACACUGACCUGAUUGCAGCUAGCUUGUCUCUCUGCCGCCGAGCGGGUCUGGUGUCUCGGUUAUCGAUGCAGAUAAUCCUGGAAAUAAUGUGGAAGUUUUCCAGAGACAUUAUUGCACUGAAAGGUUCUCUGCCAGUUUCUGCAUCCCACAGGGAAUCUGUGGAUUCCCCAUUGGAUCUGAACACACCAGCAAGGAUAAGAAUCCCAAAGUAUGCAUUUAAAUGAGUUUGGUCAAUCUCCUUCCAUCUCUCUCCAAAAACACGCCUUCCCUCCAAAUUAGUGCAGUCCAGAAUGAUUUUCUGGAUGGUGUCUGGGAUGAACAGUUCAAAAUUAGACUUUAUGUCCUGCACAUGAGUAACCACCAUCAGCGUUGGCCCUGGUAUCCUUCUUAUCACAUUGGCAGCCAUGCCGGGUGGCUCAUUCCAUGGGCCAGAAGACUAUUCAAUUUCACAAUUUUUGGACAUCCAUAUUUCUCCUCGUGCAGGCUGCUGAUGAGCUGGUUGCUGAUGGGCUGGUCCUGGGGCUGGCUAAGGGUCAAUCUUAUCCUCCUGAUCCUCAUAUUUGGGAAAAUUCUUCAUCUUCCAAAGUGGAAGAUGCUCCUUCCACACUAGCUUCUCUCUCUUUCUAAGGCCCUCUGAGCAGAGAUUAUUUUUGCCAAAUUGAUUGAUUGUGGUAAGGAGCCACACAUUUUGCACCUGGCUGGGGUAGAGUGUGGGAAAAUACUGAAUUUUUUACAAUGUAUCGAAAUAAAGUAUCGAAAUAACAUUGUGCAGGUUCGCGCAAGAUAUUGUGUAGUUUCACACACUACAAAGGGUAAAGAGUGUGAGAAAAGCAGGAGACAGACAGGUUAUUGGUGCUAUGUUGAAACAGAAGGCCCAGGGAGGAGGAAGACAGAGUGAAGACACACAGCAAACCUUUUUGUUUCAUUUUGACUUGUUUUCAGCUAUACACACACUUUUCCACACUUUUAUUACCCUUGGGUCCAGUGGACCCGAACACCACAUAUGUAAUAAAAACGUGUAGGAAGGUGCACAGUGUGCACUCAAUGAAAAUGUGUUAUAUUACAUGUUCUUCACAGAAAAUGAGUCAAGGCCAAUGAGUCUCAAGUUGAAAAAAGUAUUAAUUGUAUAAUUUUUUCUGUUAGUCAACAUGAAAAUGGGUCCCUCAGAUCCAAAAACCACACAAGGGUUAAGUGCAUUUAUUUUUGAUACUUAAGUGUUUUAAAACCAAAUACUCCUAGACUCUUUUAAUCAAGUAGAAUUUUACUGGGUGACUUUCACUUGAGUCAUUUUCCAUUAAGGUAUCUUUACUUUUUCUCAAGUAUGACAAUUGGGUACUUUUUCCACCACUGCAGUACAUUAAUACAGUUCACACUCAAAAACAUUAGCCUACUGGAGCUAGUUUCUUGUAUUUACCCAAGUGAGCAUGUAGCUAGCUACACCUAUGGGCUUUUAUAUUGUUCUGUUCUGUUGUGUGUAAUGUGCAGUAGCCUAGAUCAUAUAUAGAUCAUGUAUUGGAUAACGCCACAAUCAUUUGGGCUCUUUUGGGCUUGGGCUCAUUAAAUGUCUUUAUUGUAGGGCUCAUAAAAUGUAUUUCAUGUAUGGCUCAUCAGCCUCAGGUAGCAUCAGGCUUGAAUUUUCGAUCAAAGCUCUAAUCAAAUCCAGACACAGGCCUAUUUAUAUGCAUUAUAAUUCUUUUGAAUGACCCUUCCGGUUUUGGUGGGAAAUACCGGGUUGUCCGGAAGAAAAUUAAUUUAUUCUCUGGGUGGAACAUUUGUAAAAUGUUUAACCCUAGCGCUGAUGCCAAUGAAAGUGUAUGUUAUAAAAUGGGUAAUUUGGAUAUUGGAUGCUGAUUGGUUGAUAUGCGUUAUUCACGAUUAUUAAUUUGAAUUAUUAAACAUUUUAAUUAUCACUGUGCAUCCACUGUCCCACAGCCCAGCCAGGCAAUUCAUAAACUUAUCUCCACUAAAAAACAUUUCCUAUUACUUCUAGCCUUUCAUUUGAUUUUCACAAGCGGGGGUUUGUAUAAGCCUUGCUGUCUGCCUCUCCAAUCUGUGCAACAAUGUUGCAAUAGAAAUCAAAUCAACAUUUAUUGCCAUAGUUGAAGUUGUUUGUAGAGCCGUCAACAUGAGGGGUGUUGUACAAAACAAUAUCAUCACUGAUUGGAUCAUCUCUAACCAAUCAGAGUAUCAAAACGCUGCUUUACCCAAGUGUUCUGGCUCUGGCCCAACCCAUCAGUUUCUGGGACAAAUCAGAACGGUUAGAAUGCGUUUGCGUUCUAGAAAUCGUCAAGGAGGUACUCAGAUCCAGCCUCAUUGCAGAGAAGAAACAUAUUGUCCGUUGGUGUGGCAUAGCGUUUGGCUAUGAGUUUGAUUAGCAAGCCAACCUUAGCAGUGGUUUAUUCACAAUAAUCCAAUGGUUCUCAUGCCUUAUUGCUUAAAUAACCUUCUCUGUCAGUUUGUAUACUUCUGUUUGUGAAGUAAGGGAAUACAUUUUAAGUUCUGAUAAUUGAUGACUGUGUUGAGAAACUUUUACUAGCAUUAGGCUUAGACACUUAAAUAGAAACUGCAAUUCGAUUUUCAGUAUGUUACCUAAAUUCUGAAAUAUUUCAAUAUUGCUUGUGUUUCACCAUCAGAUUAUGCUUUAUUUCUGAGAAAUGGGAUCAUUCAACACAAUGUAUUAGAUAAUGGUAAACCACAGGAUCAUGUAUGUAUUAGAUAAUGGUAAGUCCCAAGGUCAUGUAUGUAUUAGUAUUAUAUAAUGGUAAGCCCCAGGAUCAUAUAUGUACUACUUUAAUUCUGUAUAAAAUCAUAGUAAUAAUAAUAAAAAAUGAUUGUUAAGAUUGA